AGCUGCCUUACUCUACUUUGGGAGGACUUUAGUGAAAGCUCCACGGAUUUUUUUUAAGUUAGGAAUUAUUCUGGACAAAAUGACUUUGACCCAAGAAUCCAUAUUGUCUUUUCUACUGGAGCGCGGAGGCAAAGUGAAGAACUCGGAGCUGCUGAACAGUUUCAUGGGUCAAAUCAACUGCAGUGAUCCCGCGGAAAAGCAGCACAACAGGGACCUUUUCAAGAAGUUGGUGAACAGCGUCGCUGUGGUCAAACAGAUCAACGAGGUGAAGUUUGUAGUUGUGAAGAAAAGGUAUCAAGACUUUGUGAAAGAUUUUGCACAUGAUGGCUCGCAGAAAACGCAAAUGGAUGACAGUUUCUCAAGCCAGCAUGCGAGUCUUUCGUACACAUCUCCCCAUCAAGCCGACACAGCCGGCAGGAUUUAUUCAGACAUGGAAAACACUGAAUGCUAUCCACCAAUCAUGAGUAGCAAAUAUUACGGCGAUGUUACACAGAUGCCUGUGGGAAACAUGCAGAACAGCAGGGCGUUAUCUAAAAGCCUUAGUAGUGCGGAUACAACCACUGUCAAAGUCCUGAAUAUCUCCGGAGAUCAAACGAGCAGAACGCGGAGAUCUGGGGCUGUGUUUGCUGUCAUAGCGGUAAAAUCCCCACCGAGAGACCCCGCACCAGAACCACAGGAUGGUUUACAUUCCCAGGUGAAUCAGCAUCGAACCUCAGACAAACCAACUACGCAGGAAAGUAAAGUUUCUACAGCACCGGUGCCAACUCUCAGUUCUACCUUUGCAGCUUGUAAGGAUGCAUUAUUAAGUGGCACACAGUGUGGGAUCACCAGGCAAACAGAGGACAAGCAACCCCCAGGCUUUCCCCAGGCGGGGCCCCAAAACAAGACCACAAGACAGACAGAUGAUAUCAAGUACUCGGAGUCUGUACCUUUGGAGCCAAUGGCUCAUGAGUGGUUGGUAAAGUGUGCGGCUGGGCAGUGGGGACAAGUCUGUGCUUUGUUGUUGCUGGACACUCGUUUAGCACAGAAGAAAGACUUCAUGUCAGGUUUCACUGCACUACACUGGGCCGCCAAGGAGGGCAACAGUAACAUGAUACACAAGCUCAUAGGUAUCUGCAGGAACAGAGGCACUUACAUUAACAUUAACAGCAAAGCACAUGGGGGAUACACACCUUUGCAUAUCGCAGCCAUACACGGCCACACUGAGGUUUUGAUUUUGCUUGUGCAAGGUUAUGGAGCCAAUGCUAAUGAAAGAGAUAAUGACGGCAAGAAGGCCUUCCACUACCUGGGCGAUGGUGUGUCAGCUGAGAUCAGAGCACUUCUGGGAGGACUGGAACAGAGCAAGCACAAGGAGAAAAGUGACGAUGAAGAAUACAGAGAGCACACAAAAGGCUUCAACACUAUUAGCAAACUGUUCCAGCCUCACUUGGGGAAGAAGCAAAAGGCAGCAACAAAGUUUGCUCAUGAGUGGUAUGAAUAA